ACCUCAAUCGGUUUCGUUUCCCAUCGGUUUCCUCACCUCCGCCCUCCGCCUCCGCCUCCGCCUCCACGCAUCUAUUGCCGUCGCGAUUUGCCCCCUUUGCUCGGCUGCGCCUCGCCCUCUCCGUACUCCACGUACGGACGAUUGGGCACCGGCUUCCUCCUCUCUGUCCACCACCAAACCCUCCUGAGGGCCAAUCUUGGCUGCUUCGAGCGACAGCCGAUUGGGGCGAAUCUUUUGUUCCUCUAGAGAAAUUUCGAUUAGAUCAUUGCAUUGGUUGGUUGAAGCAAUAGAGGAUUGAGUUUGAAAGAGGGAGCUCAUGGCCGAUUGGGAAGAAGACGACUUUGAACCAGCGCAGCCAAGUUUAAUAACUAAUCAGCCAAAGAGUCAGUGGGAUGAUGAGGAUGUGGAAGAUGAAGAUAUCAAAGAAUCCUGGGAAGAUGAGGAAGUUCCUGUGCAGGCACCUAAACCAGAACAUGUGGUAGAAACUGCUGCACCAAAGCCAGGUCGCAAAGGCACUGGAAAGAAAGAAAAAGUACCUGAAGCAAAGACGAGCGAAAUUGCUAGUGAAGUUCUAGCAGAUCCUCUUGCUGAGAAACUUCGACAACAAAGACUUGUUGAAGAAGCUGACUACAAAUCGACUGCUGAGUUGUUUGCCAGGAAAGGUGAUGAAAAAUCCCUAGAUAACUUUAUUCCCAAUUCAGAGGAUGAUUUCUCAGAGUAUGCGGAGCUUCUCUCUCAUAAAAUCCAGCCUCACGAGAAAAGCUUUCAUUACAUAGGCUUUCUUAAAGCCAUUAUGAGGCUCUCUAUGACUUCUUUAAAAGCAGCAGAUGCGAAAGAAAUAGCUUCUGCUGUUACGGCAAUUGCAAAUGAAAAACUCAAGGCAGAAAAGGAAGCUAAUGCGGGCAAGAAGAAACAAGGCACAAAGAAAAAGCAGCUUCAUGUAGAUAGGGCAGAGGACGAGUUUGCUGCCGGUGGCUAUGAUGAUAUGGAUGAUUAUGACUUCAUGUGAGUAGUUGGGUUGGUUUCCUCUUUCUAUAUGUACUAUCACAUAAUGGUCUGAGGUGGAUAAGAACCAUCAAUGUGGCAAUUUCCUGUGCCCUACACAAGGCUCUUGAGGAAAUGUAAAGACCCUUGUGCAUUUAUUUGAGUGGGUUUUGUUCUCACCUGUUUCCUAUUUUGGUGGAAAAUUUAUGAACAAGUUUUGCAAUUAUUGUGUGUA